GAUCGAUCGUGCCCCGGCCAUGUCUUCCAGCAGGUUCUCGCCGGCGCUGCAGGCGUCGGAUCUAAACGACUUCAUCGCCCCCUCGCAGGACUGCGUCGUCUCCCUCAACAAGAACUCCGCCGCCAGCCGCCUCCCGAUUAAGAAGAAGGAAGUUCUGGUGACAAAACCUCCAGAAGAAUCAGUGAAGAUUUCACUAAAGGACUGUUUAGCUUGCAGUGGUUGCAUAACAUCGGCAGAGACAGUUAUGCUUGAGAAGCAAAGCUUGGAUGACUUCGUUACUCGCAUCAACUCUGGCAAAGCUGUCAUUGUAUCUGUGUCUCCCCAGUCAAGAGCAUCACUAGCUGCAUUCUUUGGUCUUUCUCAGUCACAGGUUUUCAGAAAACUAACUGCUCUGUUCAAGUCGAUGGGCGUAAAAGCAGUGUAUGACACAAGUAGCAGUCGAGAUCUGGCACUAAUUGAAGCGUGCAAUGAAUUUGUUUCACGCUAUCAGCUAAAUCAAUUAUCUGGUGACAAAGAAGCUAGAGCCAGUCUUCCUCUUCCUGUACUUUCAUCUGCUUGCCCAGGUUGGAUAUGUUAUGCUGAAAAGACUCUUGGUUCAUAUAUCUUGCCCUACAUCUCAUCUGUAAAGAGUCCCCAACAAGUGAUUGGUGCAGCUAUCAAGCAUCAUAUGGUUGAAAAACUAGGUCUCAAGCCGUAUGAUAUUUAUCAUGUUACUGUCAUGCCAUGUUAUGACAAAAAACUUGAAGCUGUCCGGGACGAUUUUGUUUUCCAAGUGGAAGAUAAAGAAAUUACAGAGGUGGACUCGGUAUUGACAACCGGUGAAGUGUUGGACUUGAUACAGUCCAAAUCUAUUGAUUUCAAGACAAUGGAGGAAUCUCCUUUGGACAGAUUAUUAACGAAUGUUGAUGAGGAUGGUUCUCUAUAUGGGGUUUCUGGUGGCUCGGGUGGUUAUGCAGAAACCAUCUUCCGUUAUGCAGCACGUGCACUCUUCAACAGAGAAAUAGAAGGUCCGCUUGAUUUCAAAGUAUUGCGAAAUUCAGAUUUCCGUGAAGUUACACUGGAGGUGGAGGGCAGACCUGUUCUGAAGUUUGCCCUUUGUUAUGGAUUCAGAAACCUACAGAACUUUGUUAGGAAGAUUAAGAUGGGAAAAUGUGAAUACCACUACAUCGAAGUUAUGGCGUGCCCAUCAGGUUGUCUGAACGGAGGAGGUCAAAUAAAACCUGCUAAAGGCCAAUCUCCCAAGGAUCUCAUCCAACAAUUAGAGGGUGUAUACAUGCAAGAUGUAUCAAUAUCUAGCCCCUUCGACAACCCGAUUGCGAAGACAUUAUACGACGACUGGCUCGUACAACCUGGUUCAGACAAUGCAAAGAGGUAUUUGCACACGCAGUAUCACCCCGUGGUGAAAAGUGUCACCUCGCAGUUGCAGAACUGGUGAUACCAGGUUGUUGCAUCGAGAAUUCAUAUGGUCUUCCAAGAAGCAAAGAGGCAGACAAUCCACACCGAACAUAGCAUUCCCAGCACAGAAGAUAGACAUUAUCAGCAAUGUUCGGCUUGAGUUUUGUUAGACUUAGGUUCUUCACCUGCUUUCUUGGUGAUGUUGUAUACUACUACCUCACACGAGAGAGAAACAAUAACAGUUGAAUUGUAAACAUGUAAAGGUGCAAAAAAAAUAGUUGCUGAUCUUCUCAGUUGAUAA